CGCGGCUGCUGAGGAUGGACGCUCGGAUCUUCACCCUGCACGUCCUGACGCUCUGCUGCCUCAUCCACGGCUCUCUGCAGGGGGUGUACCAGCGGCGCCUCUACAAGGAGCUGAUGAGGAACUACAACCCGUUAGAGCGGCCGGUCAACAACGACUCCCACAGCCUGACCGUGCACUUCAGCUUCAGCCUGCUGCAGAUCAUGGACGUGGACGAGAAGAACCAGGUGCUGACGACCAACAUCUGGCUGCAGCUGUACUGGACGGAUUUCUACCUGCAGUGGAACAUGUCAGACUAUCCAGGUGUGAGCAACGUCAGGUUCCCCGACAGCCAGAUCUGGAGGCCGGACAUCCUCCUGUACAACAGUGCUGACGAGAGGUUCGACGCCUCCUUCCACACCAACAUCCUGGUCAACUCCACCGGCUACUGUCAGUACCUGCCACCAGGAAUAUUUAAGAGCACCUGCUACAUCGACGUGCGCUGGUUUCCCUUCGACGUGCAGCGCUGCGACCUCAAGUUCGGCUCGUGGACGUACGGCGGCUGGUCUCUGGACCUGCAGAUGAUCGAGGCCGACAUCACCGGGUACAUCGCCAACGGAGAGUGGGACCUCGUGGAGGUCCCCGGGCGGAGGAACGAGCGUUUCUACGACUGCUGUAAGGAGCCGUACCCCGACGUGACCUUCACCGUGGUGAUGAGGAGGAGGACGCUUUACUACGGACUCAACCUCCUCAUCCCCUGCGUCCUCAUCUCCACCCUCGCUCUGCUCGUCUUCCUGCUGCCCGCCGACUCCGGAGAGAAGAUCUCCCUGGGCAUCACGGUGCUGCUCUCUCUGACCGUCUUCAUGCUGCUGGUCGCUGAGAUCAUGCCGGCGACGUCCGACUCUGUCCCUCUGAUAGCUCAGUACUUUGCAACCACCAUGGUGAUCGUGGGUCUGUCGGUCAUCGCCACAGUUCUGGUUCUGCAGUAUCAUCACCACGACCCCGAUGGAGGACACAUGCCACAAUGGACUCGUGUCAUUUUGUUGAACUGGUGCGCCUGGUUCCUGAGGAUGCGGCGUCCCGGUGAGGCGAAGGUCCGUCUGGCGUGUCACAACGCCACCAAGCAUCGGCGCGGCAGCCUGUCCAGCCUGGAGCUAGGCGUCAGCCAGGGGUCGCUGCGACAUCACCCGCAGGUAACCAACGGCAACCUCCUUUACGUCGGCUUCCGAGGCAUGGAGGGGCUGCACUACGCCUCGCCCACCGAGCCUGAACUCCUCUGUUCGCGACUGGUGGGAGGUGGCGCCGGUGGGGAGGAGGAUGCAGAGCUGAACCAGAUCCUGGAGGAGGUGAGGUACAUCGCCAGGCGUUUCCGCGGGCAGGACGAGGAGGAGACUGUCUGCAGCGAGUGGAAGUUUGCUGCGGCGGUGAUUGACCGGCUGUGUCUGGUGGCGUUCUCGCUCUUCACCAUCCUCUGCACCAUCGGCAUCCUCAUGUCGGCUCCCAACUUCGUGGAGGCCAUUUCCAAAGACUUCUUCAGCUGAGGAGGAGAGAAGGAGGCAAGGUGGAAAAAUGGUCUGUUGACUCCAGAAAAAUCUCCUGUAACUGCUGACUGUACAUAUGUAGAAUGAACGUUGUUAAGUGUUUUCAUUUCAAGGCAGCUGCAUUAAUGUGAGAAACUGUUAUCUCUGUCUCUUGGGAGAAAAUAUCAGGCUUAAAGCUCCGAAUUUUCCUCUUCUUCUGUGUUUUA